CGGUACAGUCGGAGGCAUUGUAUGCACAGUUUUGGAAGCGAUAUACAGAAAUGUAAAGAAGUAGAAUAAGAAAAAGAAAAGAAGAAAUGCGCAUGCGUACUUUAUCUGUAUCCCGGAAGUUUCCCCACGCGUGACAGGAGUCCUUCAACGAUAAUAACACAAGCGUCCAGUUUAAAAAAAAAAUACCCUUUGUACCAGAUGGGGAACCCCCAGCUCAGGAUCUUCCGGCCACCAUUCUUUCUGACACUGGUCCGACCAGGGAAGGAGCAGCCUCCGGACGUAGUGCAGUUCAGAAUCCCCAUGGUAAUGACAAAAUUUGAUGUGAGAAACUACGUGGAGAAGAUUUACAAUGUACCAGUGGGAGCAGUCCGCACCAGAAUACAAUACGGUACCAAUAAGAAAAGAAACCACCUUAAUCAGAAAGUGAAGAGACCGGAUUAUAAAGUGGCCUACGUUCAGCUGGCGCAGCAGCAGACUUUCGAGUUCCCUGACAUCUUCCCCAAAAAGGAUGUGAAGUCAGCUGAGGGAUCUGUGGAGGAGAUGCAGGAGAAGUUCAUGGAGGAUGAGGAACAGAGGCAAAAACCAGACCCUCGCAGGGGAGGGGUCACAGAGUGGUUUGGCCUUUAGUGCGUGCGUGUGUAAAAAAUGGCUGCUGUGUGGGAGGUUGUACCCAAGAGCGUGCAUGUGAUAGACCCUUUCUCUGUAUAGUGUGCAUGAAAAGUGCUUGUAUGUGAAGCUACACGGGACCACAGGAGAAGAUCUUGGGCAACACCAUUCACUUCAUCCAGUCUCUGCCUCAAAAUCCCCACCCAUAUGCUAGGGGAACUUACCAAUACCAUUAUUUUCCGAUAAGAAGUAAUUGGCUGAGACACCUAACUAAUGUAAACGUGUAGCUGUUGAUGAGCUAAUGGCUUUGCAGGCUUUGGCACCAAUGUUGUUGUAAACCACCAACUCAAAUCUGUCUGGAUGGGCAGCUGACUAGUCAAAUUAGUUUGGUUAGAGCAAGUCUAGAACAAAACCCUCACCAAUCCCUGACCUACUCGAAGAAUCCUACUGUAUACAAAUAUGGUUUCAGUUCACUUCAGCACAUCUGAAUGGUGCUUUUUGCUGUAUAAUUUAAUGUCACUGUAACCUUAUGUAGGAAGAUGUAAUAAAAGUCACUUGUCAAGCUUC